AUGGAGGAUUUUCCAAAGCUUCAGAAUGAUCUUAUUCUGCGCGCAGCGCGAGGGGAAGUGACUGAGCGAGCACCUGUAUGGGUCAUGCGUCAAGCUGGGCGCUAUCUUCCUGAAUUCCGAGAUGUCAGAAGGGAUCAUGAAUUCUUCGAAAUUUGCCGAACUCCUGAGUUGGCCUGUGAAGUGACGUUGCAACCAAUACGAAGAUACGCAGGACUUGUGGAUGCUGCUAUCAUCUUCUCCGAUAUCUUGGUGGUGCCCCAGGCCAUGGGUAUCGAAGUCAUCAUGGAUCCUGGCCAUGGGCCAGUCAUUCCAAACCCUCUAGUUGAUCCUUCCCAUCUCAAUCGGCUUCCUGGUCAUGUGGACGUCUACAAAGAGCUAAACUAUGUGUUUGAGGCCGUCAAACUCACACGGCACAGGCUCGAAGGCAAGGUCCCGUUGAUUGGGUUUAGCGGUGCUCCAUGGACCUUAAUGGCAUACAUGGUUGAAGGCGGUGGAAGCAAAACCUUCACCAAAGCGAAAACCUGGCUUUUCAAGUAUCCAUCUGAAACCAAGAAGCUUUUAGAUCGCAUUACAUCCGUAUGCGUCGACUAUCUAGUCGCCCAGAUAAGAGCCGGAGCCCAACUUAUUCAAUUAUUCGAUACCUGCGCGGCUGAGCUAUCUCCUCAUGAUUUUAUGGAAUUCGCCUUCCCAACUUACCAAGUGAUCGCGUCGGAGGUGCGAUCUAGGCUCAAACAUCAUGCCGUUCCCGAGGUCCCGUUCAUUUUGUUUGCCAAAGGCGCAAACCAUUCAAUUGAGCUUUUGGCGGAGGCCAGUGGUUGGGAUGUAUUGGGCCUUGAUUGGUUGGUGGAACCCUCUGAAGCUCGUUUAUUGUCUGGGGGGAAGGUGGCUCUGCAGGGUAACGUGGAUCCGAACGCGCUGUAUGGAGGACGAGAGGCCAUUGCGCGAGAGGUCCAACGGAUCGCUCUGGGCUUCCAAGUCGAUGGGAAAUCGAAGGGCCAUAUCUUCAAUCUCGGUCAUGGAAUAACUCCGGGAGUAGAGCCAGAGGACCUCCGUUAUUUUUUUGAAUGUGUGCACAAAUACACCCAGUCGCGAACGGAUUCCACUUCGUAA